AUGAGUACUCAUGCGUUUACUGCUAUGGGGGUGUAUUUUCAUGUUAUCAAGAUGAAACAGUCCUUCGUUCUUUGGAUAGGACACGACGAACCUAAAAUAGACUCCCUCGCCACAGCGAUCUCUCUCCCGUCCCGACCUGCUGCCUGCUCCAAACUAAUGGGCAGUGCUGACUGGACGACUACUUUUGCUCAGAAACUAGCGGUGAAGACUAAACACCAGGUGUUUAUAAUGGCGGACGAGCUGGAGCCGGACGAGGUACCGCUCAGUGAGAAGGUUGUGUUUCAGAAGUUGAGAACUGACCCUCAUAUAUUUCUAACAGAACCUGAGGUCCCAUCAUGA